AUGAACCUCACUCCAGGACAAACACAUGAAGCGUACCUAGGCCCAUCCUCAGGACCCAUCGACAUCGCCGCCUUCCUGAGCGCUGGACAUCCCGGAAAUACGCCAGAAGAAAUAGGCACCUCAGGUGCGCCUUCUCAGGCGCGCGGAUUACAACUCAGCGCGAGAGAGGAGUGGAGCACACUGGACGCUGCUCAACAAGAAGCAGUCCAGUCAGAAUGCUGUGUAGACGAUCUCCGAGCCCUGCUAAACGACACGAUGUCAAAUCCCCGUCUCAUGAACCAUGUCACCCGCACACAUGAUGCAUUCGUCCAGGCCAUUUAUGAGACUGCCGAGCCAACUCGGAGGAAGCGCAAGCGUGCAACUUUCGCUGAUCCUGAGGACGAAUUGCCAGAGGUUAGGGCGUUGCGACUGAAGCACGAAGCAAUCGCACUCAAAUGUUGGCCGCUGACUAUCCACGCGGCAUCAUUCAUACGACCUUCUAAACAGUCCGACCACAACACACUCGUCAAUGUCAAGACUAUCGGCUCGGGGCCGACGUCCGAAGGACAGCGCGAUGACGCUCUCCUUUUUGUCACGGUAUACAAUCGUCUGUCAUGGGGGCAGAAAUUCUUGUCUCGCGCGUCGCAGCACGUCGUCUUGUCAUCUCAAACGAUCGGAGACUUCUACGAGGCUAUUCCGUGCUCCUCAAACGAACGGCCCCUCGAGGUUCACGAUGAUUCUGGGGACAUCAUAGGAUAUAAGUCUAGGCAAAGCGACGAUAUGGCCACGGACGCAAGCACAUCGGGGGCUAUGGUGUGCAUUGAAAACGUUCUGUACGGCGACGGUCAGGACGAGCACGACUACGCUGACAAGGCCAUGCAAUUGGUGCAGACGCUACCUGAAAACAGUCGGCCGCAUGUUUCUCUCGGCGCAUCCAUGCACGACGUGAAGUUCGCCUCGCUGACCAUGAGAUUGCAUGAGCCAUACUGGAUAGUACAUGCCGGCAAGUGUGAACACUGGUUCAUCGUCAGUAGUAUCCGCUUGCGGCACCCUUCAGAUCCUCGAUCUGGCUAUCCUCUGACAACGCAAAUCACACCUGCUCUGUCCGAGAUUUGCCGAGUGUGUACCAAAGUGCCGGCCCUUUUCUCUGUGGUAGGUGACAUGAGGUUCGGCGAAAGCCCGUUCUUGAUCUGUGGACCCUGCUGGCGUUGGAUGGGCGAACCGAAGGACGGAUCGGAGGUUCUGGUCGUACCUGUACCUGUACACGAGCUAGGCUGGUCGAACACGACAUGA